GUUGUCGAUGGCCAUUCCCUUGGUAAAGCCUCACACGAUGUCAGCUUCUCAGCUCAUAUGCUGAUGGGAUUCAGCGCGUCUGACAACUGUUUUCGGAACGUGGUGCAGCUAUUAUUCCCACCUACCGUCUAUCUUCGCAGUACACGAAUCCUUUCUUCGCGUGUUUAUCGGGUUUAUCAUUUAAAUCUGUCAAAUGGGCAUCAACUCGUCCUCCGAGCGUCCCCACCACCAGCUAUACCGCUCCUUCGAAGAGAACGGGCUUCUCUUGAAACAGAAAUGAGAGCCCUCACUAUAUUAGCCCCCAUCAACAGUCCCUGCAUACCAAGGCUAUAUCGACAUAUAUCUCGUGACGCUUCUCCAAGCGUUUCAUUGCUUGUCAGGCAAUACAUAGACGGCAUUCCUCUGGCAGAAAUGCAAGAUCAACUAUCUGCGAAGGAUCUUAAUGACGUUGAUAGACAGCUCGGAUCACUGAUCAAGGCCGUUGGCCAACAGGUAUCGACAGCCUUUGGACCGCUUAGCAAGGUAGCUGCAGGAACGGGGCACCGACAUUGGCGUGAAGCAUUUGUUACACUCUUCGAAGAAGUCCUUCGAGACGCAGAAGACAUGUUCAUCCAUCUUCCAUAUCAUCAGAUACGGAGAGAAGUCUCUCGGUUGUCCGCUGUUCUUGACGAGGUUACCACUCCUAGAUUAGUGGUCAUGAAUCUUGGCCGUCCAUCAGAAGUGCUACUCGAUCCCAGCACGAGGCAAUUGUGUGGACUAUUAGAUUUUGGGAGUGCCUUGUGGGGCGAUAUUAUGUUGGCAGAAAUAUUUGAAUCACCCUCAGACGCCUUGCUCGCAGAGUUCGGGUCGUUUCCGCAAUCCCGCUCUAUCAGAUCUCUGUUAUACUCAUGUUACAGACAUGUCUACAAGAUCACCGAGCUCUACUAUCGGAACAGCAAUAAUGCGAUAGAGAUGGAGGUCCGCCGUAGGUUGACGGACCUUCUACAAACCCUGACAAUGACAGAGUUGCCCUAUUGAUGUGAUGUAUGAAUUCUGGGAGGGGAGUACGUCUCUUUUUGUCUUGUUUGUGCCAUCAAGGUAUGCUUCUCAUAGUAUCAGAAUUUACUGCACUCGACUUUGGUGGUUUAGCUGGUCAUUACACCUAUGAUCACGCCAUAAGCCAUCACAACCAAUAAAAUCUAUAUGGAAUAG